AUGUUCUCAGAAAAAGGUACAGCAACGGCACCCGUUGGGCCUGAGAUCACAGAUCUAGCACACAUCACUGAAGAUGAAGAGUCAUCCGAAAUACCCUCUGCCUUUGCGGUAAAAAGUAAAGUGCAUGGCUGUCUCCAAGUUCUCGGUGCUUUCUUCAUAUUCUUUAAUGUCUGGGGCCUAAACCUUGCAUUUGGAACAUUCCAAAACUUCUAUGCACUCACCUACAUCCCGUCAUCAACAUCCUCUGAUAUCGCCUGGAUUGGAACAGUCCAAUCCUGGCUCCUAAUCGUCGGUGGUCUACUAUCCGGCCCACUCUUCGAUCUCGGCUACAACCAGUCCAUGAUUAUUGUUGGAAGUAUCCUAGGUGUAGUUGGGAUGAUGAUGCUCAGUCUUGCACAUGAGUACUACGCCAUGUUCCUAAGCCAAGGAGUCUGCGUGGGCCUCGGAUUCGGACUGCUUUAUGUCCCCGCUAUGGCAUUGGUCAGCCGUUCUUUUACUACAAGAAGGGCUAUUGCGCUAGGUGUUUCGAGUAGCGGUGCCCCUGUUGGGGGUAUCAUCUACACUAUCAUGUUCAACCAACUUAUAUCGAAAGUGGGGUUCCCCUGGACUGUUCGUCUUAUCGCAUUUCUGAUGCUAGCGCUCUUCAUCGCGGCUGCUAUUAUGCUUUUGGGACCGGAUAGACAUUCGGUGAAGGUUAAACCCACCCAGCGCAGAAGCUUGAUUGAUUUGCGUGCGUUCAAAGAUUUGCCAUUUUGGAGCUUUGCUAUUGGGAACUUUUUCCUUUAUCUUGGCUAUAUCACGCCUUUCUAUUAUAUUCCAACUUAUGCAGAGACAAAGCUUGGCACCUCGCGCUCAAUGGCAUCGAAUGUCUUGAUGAUUUCCCAGGCUUCUUCGGUUAUUGGCCGUGUUGUCUUGACUGUGUUCGCUCAUUACUUUGGGUCGAUGAUUGCUUGGAUCGUUUGCGGUGUGCUCUCGGGCGUUCUGUGUAUUUGUUGGAUUAGUGCAGACACUCUUGUACGGUUUAUUCUUUUUGCGGCCUUUUAUGGUAAGUGGAAUUCCUUUUCUUGGGUCAUUGGUGCUCUGUUUUGA